CCGCCUCCAUAGUGUGGACACCAGUAGCCCAGGGACAGUUUCUCAGUCCUGCUUGUGACCAUGGCUUCACUCCGCAAUGCCAGCCCCAGGUUGAGGAACUACUUCAGGGACAACUAUAUCCCUCAAGUCUGCGAGGCGCUGUUAUGUGGUUUACUUAUGACAUGUCCCGAGGACCCACUGAGAUAUUUAGAACAAAUGAUUAUAAUUAUCAUUGGAAAUGGUCUGGAAAACCUUCUUUGGGAUAUGUUCAUCAGUCCAUCCCUGAGACCAAAAAUUCGAAGACUGUCUGAAACUUUCUUGGAACAACUUUUUGGACUGGAUGAGCAGCUGGUAACUCCAGAGCUGAUGAUGAAAGCAUGUACAUUUUACACUGGGAAUUUAGUAAAGAACCAUUUUAGUUGUUGGAAAGAGGUCACAAUGCCUCGUGCAAAUCAAGAGGCUAUCAUGGCCGAAAAAAUGAACAGAGCAAUAGUACAUCACAAGUUGAAAUGUGAAAGAUUCUUUUUCAACAUCUGGUUAUCUUACGUGGAAGACAAUAGAGAAAAGAUUUUAAAUUCACUGCUUCGGUUGCGACAGAUGUUUUAUGUCCAUAGGCAAAAAAUUAUCAUAGCAAAAUGGAGGGAGAAAGCCAAACAAAAGAAUAAACAGAGAGAAGAAGACUUGAUUUCAAAACAUGAAAUUCAGUUGAGAAAAUGGAGGUUCAGGUUAAGAGGUAAAUCAACUGAGGAAAAACCCGUUACCCCUGAACGAAGUUUAUCUGACAGUGCCAUUUUGACUAUGGAAUUUGACAUUGCACAACUACCCGAACGAGCAAUAUUGCAGAUUUUCCUGUACCUCACGUUGAAAGAAUUGCUUGUGUGUGGCCAAGUGAACCGCUCCUGGAUGUCGAUGGUACAGAGACGCUCCUUGUGGAAUGCCAUCGAUUUUUCCACAGCCAAAAACAUCGGAGACAAAUGUGUGGUGAAGACUCUACAAAAGUGGCGUCUAACGGUGCUGCGCUUGAACUUCCGAGGCUGUGUCCUGCGAACAAAGACUCUGAGAUCAGUCAGCCACUGUAAAAACUUACAAGAGCUGAACGUCUCCGACUGCUCGUCUCUCACAGACGAUGCGAUGAGACACAUUUCUGAGGGCUGUCCUGGUGUCCUUUAUCUCAAUUUAUCCAACACAACUAUCACCAAUAGGACUAUGCGACUCCUGCCCAGGAACUUCCACAACCUACAGAACCUGAGUCUGGCUUACUGCCGAAAGUUCACCGACAAAGGUUUACAGUACCUGAACUUGGGGAAUGGAUGCCACAAGCUCAUCUAUCUGGACCUUUCCGGCUGCACCCAGAUCUCGGUCCAAGGCUUCAGGAACAUUGCCAACAGCUGCUCCGGAAUCAAGCAUCUGACCAUCAACGACAUGCCAACUCUGACAGACAACUGUGUAAAAGUUUUGGUGGAGAAGUGUUCCCAUAUUUCGUCCGUGGUUUUCAUCGGCUCGCCACACAUCUCUGACUGUGCUUUCAAAGCUCUUGCUGCCUGCAACCUCAAAAAGAUCCGAUUUGAAGGAAACAAAAGGAUUACUGAUGCAUGCUUUAAAUACGUAGACAAGCAUUACCCAAGUAUGAAUCACAUUUACAUGGUGGACUGCAAGGCGCUAACAGACAGCAGCCUCAAGUCGCUUUCAGGUCUGAAGCAACUGACGGUGUUGAACUUGACGAACUGUAUACGGAUUAGUGAUUUUGGCAUGAAGCAAUUUCUCGAUGGUCCUGCGAGUAUGAGGCUAAGAGAGCUCAAUAUGACGAACUGCUUUCUCCUGAGCGAUUCUUCCAUCAUAAGAAUGUCAGAGCGCUGCCUUAAUUUACACUACUUGAAUUUACGAAACUGUGAACAUUUGACCGACGUGGCAGUUGAACAUAUUGCAGGCAUGUUAUCCUUGAUAUCAGUAGAUCUUUCUGGAACAUCCAUCUCAAAUGAGGGCAUGAGUAUUCUUACCAAACACAGAAGACUGAAGGAACUUUCUCUGUCCGAGUGUUUCAACAUCACUGACACUGGAAUUCGGACAUACUGCAAAAUCUCGAUGUCCUUGGAACACUUGGAUGUCUCCUUCUGCACCCAACUGACAGAUGAGACCAUAAGAACAAUAGCCAUUUUCUGUACUCGAAUCACGUCUCUCAACGUCGCAGGAUGCCCAAAGAUUACUGAUGCAGGGCUGGAGAUACUAGCUGCCAAGUGCCAUUAUCUGCACAUUUUGGACAUCUCUGGCUGUAUCCUGCUUACAGACCAGGUCCUUCAGGACCUUCAGAUGGGCUGCAAACAACUCCGGAUCCUCAAGAUGAAAUUCUGCAGGUCCAUCUCCUUGAUGGCAGCUAAGAAAAUGGCCUCUGAGGUCCAGCAGCAGGAAUACAACUCUGACGACCCUCCAAGUUGGUUUGGCUAUGACUCUCAAGGCAAUCCUCUUCCAUCUACUCCAAGCAAACAACUUAAACAUCCCUCAGAUCUGCUACUCAAAGACACAUUCAGCAGUGACGAGGAAAGUCUAGACUCCAGACUGAAACAGGAGAAAGGGAACAGCUAGAACUGACAGCUAUCCUUCAUUUGAUGUAAAUACUGUUAGUUGCUGGUUCUCAAAAACAAUGCAAAACAGCAGUGCACGUCUGUUUCUUAUUCAACUACAAACGCCACUUUAAUCAAGAUAGCAAAGGUAACUUACUCAAGUUACCUUUAAAGAUCUAUUUAUUCAAUAUACGCGUGCGUGUUUGUGUGUGUGCGUGCACGUGUGUACUAGUGCAUGAGCAGGAGCCCACAGAAACCCACAAAAGAAGAGGGUAUCGGAUGCUCUGGAACGGGUGUUAGACAUGACUGUGAAUUGCUUUGUAGGUCCUGGGACCACAGCCUGAAUCUUCAAGGCCAAUAAGGACUUCUAACCAGUAAGUCACCUCUCCAGCUCCAAACAAACUAAUAGUUUAGAUAAGACGAUCCGAUCCAAGGUCACAAUGUAGAAAGCAGCUCCACAGCUUUUGGUUUUUUGAAAAGCAGAAACUGCUCUCCAGACAGGAAAAGAAAGCAGAGAUGAUAGCCGUAGAAAUCAGCCCAAUUUUGAGCCAAGGCACUAGCUCUGAGGAUCUGUAAAGCUUUAUUUUAAAUAACAGAGGCAUACAUUUUCAAAGACAAAAGGCAGCUUUCUUGUUAUUUCUAGACAUUUGACAAGGACAGCUCUAGACUCAACAGCAGCCAUGUAAAGAGAUACAAGAACAAUAUGACCAGAGGGCAUGCCUGUGACACCUCAGGCUUCUAUCAAGUUUGGACUACACAGGAAUUUAAACUAUAAAAUACCGAAGGGACAAAAACAAAAUACCUUCCAAUUUUCUCCUAUGAAGAACUGGCCUUUAAUUUCAUGUUUAAAGACUAAUUUAAUAUGCUUUUCUCAUAUGUUUUACCACUCUUUGAUCAAUUCUCUUUACCGGUAUCUGAUGCUGACAGAUGUUAAAAGGGAAUACAGCUGUUUUCUGACAGCCACACACACACUGUGUCAGUGACAGUAGAUCAGUCUUUUGUCCAUUUCCUUGGCCACUUACCUCUUAAAUGAGGUUAACUUCUUUGCUUACAAAUUUGAAAUAAAGAAUUUAAAGGAUAUUUAAAAGUAUUUUAAAAAGUGGCCUCUACACCAUGUUAUUGGGUGUUAAAUGUAUCAGUUAAAUGUUUUAAAAUCAUUUUCCUCCUCCUCUCUGAAUGUUUUUGAAAUCGGCGGUAGAAAGGCUUCCAGGACACCAAGUGGACAGCAAGGGGGUCUGUUAAACCGCACAUUCUAAGACCUGGGCCAAAGACCUCAGAUGACCACGGUGACAGGCAGAUUUCUAGCUAAACGUGGAGAUUUGUGGCAGCUGCAUGACAGUCAGCUUCAGAAGUCUGACCCCAGAGUGUUUCAUGUACACAGCUAGGGAGACAUAAAAGGGGCAGCUGGCUUCCGAAGGGGUGACAUCUGCAGGGAAAGAAAAGGCCAAGGAAAAACAUACCCUGCUAUACUGAAACUCAGCAGGUGGUUUGAUGGUCAAAGCCUGCUUUUUGAAAACCAAGAAUGAGAAACCCGUUCAUUCACCCUGAGAAGAUAAAACUCCAGAGCUACAGAAAUGGAAGUGUGUGUGUGUGUGUGUGUGUGUGUGUGUGUGUGUGUUGAGGGAGGGGGGGAUGGUUAGAAUCAGAAAA